AUGAGAAAGUUGCAUUAUUUAUUCGACCACGCAUCUUGCAGCAAAAUCGAUUACCUACCAAACUGGAAAGAAGAAAGUAAUAGGCGAAUUAAAAAAAUCAGAAAAGCCAACAUUGAAGUCCGUUUAAACGUCACGUCAAUACCGAAGGGAUACAAUUUAAGGAUUACUCAGACGAAGGAGAAAUUUAAAUGGGGCGGCUGCGUAAAAACGUGGUUAAUAAACAAUCCGCGUCAUGGCAAAUUUUCUAACUUCAUAUACAAGAAUUUUAAUUGGGCUGUCAUUGAAAACGGAUUAAAAUGGGCAAACAGUGAACCACACAAGGGAAAUAUUAGGUUAUCAGCUGUGAAAAAAACGGUGGAUCUAUUGAGAAGACAUCAACUUCUUGUUCGAGGUCAUACGUUAUUCUACGGGAUAUCUGAUCCUCCUUGGGCGCUGGAGGAUCGUGCGGUCAUGUAUCAAGAGGCUGGAAUACCACUCCAUGGAAUUGGGAUCCAGUCCCAUAUGAGAGGAAAUGUUAAUGUAUUUGUGCUGAUGCGUCGCCUGGACGAAGUAGCCAAAGCCGGACUUCCACUUUUUAUAUCGGAAUUGACCUACGAGAAUAAAGAUGUCCGGAAGUGUGAGAUUAUCUAUCUAUCUAUCUAUCUAUCUAUCUAUCUAUCUAUCUAUAUACAGAGAGAGAGAGAGAGAGAGAGAGAGAGAGAGAGAGAGAGAGAGAGAGAGAUCUCAGUCUUUUCAUAUCUAUCUCAGUUUCUAGAUAUAUCUUAUUCUGUUUCUAUUUUAUUCUGUUUCUAUCUAUCUAUCUAUCUAUCUAUCUAUCUAUCUAUCUAUCUAUCUAAUCAUAUCUAUCUAUCUAUCUAUCUAUCUAUCUAUCUAUUUAGAUCUCAAUCUUUUCGUAUCUAUCUAUCUAUCUAUCUAUCUAUCUAUCUAUCUAUCUAUCUAUCUAUCUAUCUAUCUAAGUCUAUUCAUAUCUACUUACUCAUCUCAUCUUUUCAUAUCUAUCUAUCUAUAUCAGUUUUUUUUCAUAUCUAUCUAAGUCUAUUUAUAUCUACCUACUCAUCUCAAUCAUAUCUAUCUAUCUAUUUAGAUCUCAAUCUUUUCGUAUCUAUCUAUCUAUCUAUCUAUCUAUUUAGAUCUCAAUCUUUUCGUAUCUAUCUAUCUAUCUAUCUAUCUAUCUAUCUAUCUAUCUAUUUAGAUCUCAAUCUUUUCGUAUCUAUCUAUCUAUCUAUCUAUCUAUCUAUCUAUCUAUAG